AUGUCGUUUUCUGGUUAUAGCUUCGUCGCACUAGCGUUAUUCUCCAUCGUCAUAACUCAAAUCUAUGGUUUGGGAAAAGUAAACCCGAUGGACGAUCUUCAACCGGAAGAAACUCUGGCGGUUCACAACGAGAUUCGAGCCGAGGUUGGGGUGGCUCCAUUGGUGUGGGACGAUAAACUUGCUGCCCAUGCACAGAGCUACGCCAACGUACGAUCCAAAGACUGCGCCAUGCAACAUUCCACCGACGGAAUGUACGGCGAGAACAUAGCCGCCGGGUGGGUCCAACCUAUCGACACAAUGAGCGGUCCGAUCGCGACUAAGUAUUGGUAUACGGAGAAGCCUAAUUACAACUAUCAGACCAACAGAUGUAGUGAUGUGUGUGGGCAUUACACUCAGAUUGUGGCUAAUCAGUCCCAACGACUCGGUUGUGGUACGGUCCGGUGUAAUAAUAAUGAGUAUGUUUGGGUCGUAUGUAACUAUGCUCCUAGGCCGAUGGGUGAUGCGAAUACCCGUCCGUAUUAA